AUGAAUAUCGGAUUUAUUAGUCUUUUGGGAUUAUCCUUCAUAGCCAUAGUUCCUGGUGAUAUAAAAACACGUCACACGAACUUAAAGUGCGACUUCCCGGACUUAUCAUACGUGGAAGUGAAAAUAUGCCGUCUAAAGGUUUUGGGGCGUGGCAAAAUAGGAGCAACGGUCUAUCUAAAACUUUUAAAGCUGCCCAUUAAAGCAAUAAGCGUUAAUUUUUCCGUCUUUAAAAAACUUUCCGGCUACCAUCCAUUUUUAUUUAACGUAACCGUGGAUCUUUGUCACUUCUUGAAACAUCCAAAUCGCUUCCACGUCUUCUACUACUUUUAUGGAGCCAUGAAGCCCUUCAUGAAUAUGAACCAUAGUUGUCCCUUAAACGUAAGUAUACUCAAAACUAUUCACGAUUUCAUAUUAAAGGACUUUGUUCUGAGUGAUCAGAUGUUCUCUAAAGUCUCAGGCCCAGUCGGCAGUUACAUGUUUUUAAUCAAAAUUAUCACGGAAAACGUUGUGCGAGGAACCAUAACUUCGUAUUUGGAUAUAAACGUUGAUAACUAGUAUAAAUG